AUGGAGGGCUUUGAUACCAUGGCCAUGCCGCCAUAUUUGGCCAGCCCGUUGUCCCUCGGCAAUCUCCAGGGUACCGACUAUCUCAAUGCCAUGCCAGGCCUAGAUCUCCCCGAUCACCGCUCAAAUUUUGAUUCCGAAACCUUUGUCAGCGACGAUCUCGCCUUCGCCCAAAACACCCUGCCGCACUCUUUGAAGCGCUUUCCCUCAGGCUAUGAUGACCCGUUUACUGAUAUGGUUGCGCCAUUUGACCCCGUGCCCCCGGAACAACCCCAGGAUUCGUCGAUCGACCAUAAUAACAAGCUCUUGAGUUUCUCCCUUCCUGUCUACCAUUUCACGUUGCUCGACUACUCCAUGCGACGGACUUCGCUUUCGGUGUCGGCCCAGCUACAUGGCAUGUUCUUCCUGGCCGAGUCUCCCUAUACAACCUCUCCCUCCGAGAACGCCCCGCCGCAGCAAGGUGCCGAAUUGACCUGCUAUCGCCGUAAUCUCUUCCAGAUUACGGGCUCCGUUACCUUACCCCGAGGGAUGCGCUACAUCAUGACUGAUCAGGGCGAUCGGAUCCCCAUUCUCGCCCAGGAACUCACCGUCUCGGCGACGGAAUCAGUGGAGGGGAAUCCUGUGAAAAUCAUCUCGGUGCCCUGGAAAACGCCUUCGGCUGCCGCUGCCAAUUCGGGCACCGUGCUCGAAGAUAACAGCACCGGCAGCGCCGCCAAGGUAGAGAAGGAGCCCCCGCCAAUUCCGCUUGAUAUCAUGGCGGGUCAGGACCUGGAUACUGACUACGCGACUUUCCCCAUCGCGUGGAAGCGACUACAGUUCCGUGUCGCAACCGCUAAUAACGGACGCCGUAAGGAGCUGCAACAGCAUUUCGUUGUUCGACUUAAGGUGGUUGCUACCCUUUCGACCGGGGCCAAGAUACCGAUCUCUGAGGUGCAAUCGGGUCCGGUUAUUGUUCGUGGCCGCAGCCCACGCAAUUUCCAGUCCCGAAAGGAUCUCCCACUGAGCGGCAGUGCUGCUGCGUCCCGAAAAAACCAGGCCAACUCGGCGGCUGCGCUCAACCGCACCCCGACGAAUGAAUCCGUGCCCCGUCGCGCAAGUGUGACACCGGCCAAGACAAAGGCUCCCUCUGGUACAGUGCAGAGCAGUUCCCCCGAGACCACUUCCCCACAGGUCACUCCCGACUGGACCCCCAUGCCCCAGUCAGCUUCGACUGCCGUCAUGGCCCACGCCCAUCAUGCGCUCUUCCCUCAUUCCAGCCCCGAGCAACUCUCUCAGGCUGCUGAUCCCCAGCGCCGCGUCAGUGGCACAACGGCCGCAGCGGCAGCACCGAUCAAUCUGUCUCUGUUGGAUGAGGAAGAUACCGCGGAUGCUGGCCUUCAUUUGGACCAAAAGAUCAUGCCACCCUACACCAGUGAACUCCAACAACAACGAGCCAUGGGGAUGGAUCAAUCUGCACAACCUCCAGCCAAGAUGCGCAAAUUAUCCCAUGGCAUCUCGCAGACUCCCUCGCGGAGUGCCACUUCAUCUCUGCCCUUGCUGGAGACUGCCAAUUUACCGCAACAGUUCGUCUCUUCGCUGCCCUUUCCAAAUGAGAGCACCGACUUUCUGUACGAAUACUUCCCUCUUGGCCUCGAUGACUGGCAGGCGCCUGUGGACGCUGUCUACCGGCCCCAUGUUGUGCACCAUACCAACAUGCCCGAGAUGAAAUUCGUGGGGGCAUCCAGAGGUCGCAGCAAGCGAUAUUUUGCAGCAGAGGAUGUUUUCUAG